UUUAAGUUCUAACACACCUGUGAAGAGUUAUGCAAAAAGAAAUACAAUUAGUUGUCAUCGAAACAUGGCGGUGUCGAUCAUCAGUGCAAAGUUUACGAAAUGUCUCUUAUUUAUUCUUUCUUUAUUCGGCUUCAUUCUCUCAAUGUACGCAUUUCAUGUAGGGACAAUCAAACAGAGAAACCAUUCCUAUGAACCAUUGUGUGAUUUUAGCCCAACUAUGAAUUGUUCCCAGAUAUUUACAUCGCGGUAUGGCAAAGGAUUUGGUCUGGUGGACAGAAUUGUAUCGGAAGACAGUAUUUUCAAUCAACCCAGUAGUGUCUUUGCAAUGGCCUUUUAUAUGAUGCAGAUCUUUAUGACCAUCACCAAAUCGGACGACGCCAUUGCUAUGCAAAGCCUUGUUUCUCUUGUGGCAAACUUUAGCUCUCUCUACUUCUUCUACGUGCUUUAUAGUCUUCAGAACUUUUGCCUCAUUUGUGUAACACUUUACAUAAUCAAUGCUUUGAUUCUCGUUUGCGUGCUGCUUCGGUUAAUCACUCUCCAUAAACAGACACUGAAGAAGACCCACUAAUCCACAGGUGGAUUAUGCAAGCUGGAUUAAACAGGUGGAUUAAGCAAAGGGAAGUGGUAAACAGAAGGAAAAAAAUACCAACAAAGAGGCUAAGAAGCAAACGAAGUCAUUAAUGAACAAAUGAAGGGACUAAUGAAUUAACGAAUGCAUUAACGAACAAAAUGUAUUAACAUGUUAAUGAAAUAAUGAAUGAAUGAAUGACAGUAUUAAAGAACAAGCGGAAAUAUUAAUGAGCCAAGAAGGGUAUUAAUUAACAAGAAAAAAUAUUUUUUAAAAAAUGGAAAUUUUUUUUAAAUAAUAAAAGAAAAAAAAAUCACAAAAAUUAAAAUUUGGAAAAUUUUGCUAAAAGGAAAAAAUAUUACGGAAGAAACUCUGAAUAGGAAACCAAAUAAUUUUGGCAGAUUUGAAAGAAGAAAAAUUUAAUAUUCUAAGAAAAAAAUUAUAAUAAAG